UAGGCUAAUUUACAUAUUCAAACAUAAUAUUUGACAAAACUUGUAAUAUAAAAAAUAUUUGUCUUAAUGUAAGUUAUAAACUCUGGAAGUUUCAUGGUGAUAUCUGUUUGUUAAAAGUUUUACCCUAUUCACCUGGGGUUCCUACCGUCAUGGACGCCAUCUUGAUAAUGACACCUUUCCAGCGGACAAACUUUGGUAAACCUUUAGUUUGUUAUUAAGGACAUUUAAUACUAGAAAAUAAAACACCUAAAAAAAUUCUAACAUAAGCUGUUUUUUUUUCAUUCAUGCACCCGCCAAUCAUGCAGAUCUUCUUCUCUACAGUAUUUGAUAUCUGAUUGUCUUAAAAUACUAACCCUGGUUUCAGUUUGAACUCUGCUUUACUGUCGAGUUUCAGAGCUUCAUUUAAAGUUCGACAGAAGGAGAGCAGAGACAUUAAGAAGACUCACACACUCGUCUUAAACCCUCCUCCUCUCUCUCUCUCAGAGAUAAUGUCGGCUCACAGAGACUGAGGCAUGUUGCUGCUUAGCGGUGAGAUUAAUCGAAUUGCACACAUAGUUUCCUGCUGAAGUCACACGUGCACACACACACACACACAUACACGUACGCUGACACACAUACUGUUACAACAUGAGGUGAGGCUCCAGCAGCACACCUUUAACAGCCUGAAGUUUCUCGUUUUAAAGUGAAUUUAAAGCUCCUCUCACUCCACCUCCUCUGACAAAAACAUGCAGGUAACAGAGUCAGACCUGUUUUCAGAGAGACUCGAGCAGAAUCGUAAUCAUCCAUAAAGACUAUAGAGAGCUCAAAGUUUAAGACUUUCUGAGUUUUUGUUUUGUUACCAAAGAGUCGAGGGUUUUUACAAAACUGCCUCAUUUCCUGGAAAUUAUCCGUUUUAAAGGAAACUGAAGGUUUGAAUCAUUUCAAAAUCACUCCAGGAGGAAGUCGAGGAGCAAACAAACAACGUCACUCCUGAUCUGGGAGGUACUGCACCACCUCUCUCGGAGGAGGUUUUAAAGCAUUCAACUUCGGCUAUGUUUGUGUCGAGCAUAUAAGAGCUUUUUUACAUCAGUCUCUACAUUAUCAGGCUCCUCCUGUGUGCUUCUUCAUUCUUGUAUUUUUACUAUUUUACUGUCAUUUAGUUAUUAAAAGUGGUUCCUCGCAGCCCUACAUUGACAGUUGCUGCUUCAGCCUGUGCCGGGUUAAGUCCUGGUGAUGUAUUUCACAGUGAAGACUCAUAAAGUGAUAAACAGAAAUCUGGACUUAGACAGUUCUUACUUUGAUAAUAGCCUCCUAUGUCUGUAUAAGACCCUGUUUAAUACCUUUGUUCUGGUCCAGGUGAGUCCUGUUAUGUCACAGAAGUGUAUUGAUAACUGCUGCUAAUGCAAGUAAUAGCUCAACCUCAACACAUUUGUGAACAGGAGACCACAGCGAAUUAAAAAAAAGAGAACACCCUAAAAUUCCUGCUGCCUCCCUCAACGUUCAUAUCCUUUCUGUACUUCCACCAUGAUCGAGGGAGGUCUGAAACCCAAGUUCUCGUUGCCUCAUUGAAUCCAGACCCUGUCAGGGUAACUGGUGAGGAAGCAAAAACAGAUGGAACCAGAGAGAGCUACACAUCUACAUUAAAAAAGAACAUUGCUGAACACAGAGAAGGUCUUCACUGAGGAGCACAGUGAUGGACAGACUCUAGUUUGUUUAAUGAUGGGAUUAAUAAUCUGGAUUUUAGGUUUAUUCUAGAGCUGUCUCAUAGUUUAAAAUCAAAGCUUUAGUUCAAAUUAGUGUGUAUUUGGGUCGGGGAUCACAAUUAAUUAAUUACAGUAAUAUUAUCUUGUUAAAAACAUUCAUUAUUAAUCGCACCAACUGUAUUUCUGCACCGUGGAACGUUUUGCAUUAGAUAAGUUUCAGGUAUACCGCUUCUACCGGCGCACCCCAAUGUGAGUGAGUGCAGCAGUGAUUCCAGUCCCACCCAGCGCAAGAAAAAAUGAACGAAGUCAAGAAUGAAUGUGCUUUGAUUGGCUCCGAUUGUUUUUGUAGGAUGGUAAGGUCCCGCCCUCCUUCGCCUCUGAUUGGCUAGAAGUGCUGGGCUCUGAUUGGUUGUUUCUUAUGGUUGUGAAACGUCAUCGUCUGUCGGGUUAGGGUUAAGAGAUUCAGAAGUGCGAUAAUGUUCUGUUCGAUGGACAGAGCCGACAGCCCGCGCUCGGCUUGAGCGUGUGAUGACGUUUCACAGCCAAUCAGAGGCGGAGGAGGCGGGACCUUCCCCUACCACCCAAGAAAAACAAAUAUAGCGUUAAUCCGACUCCGAGUACAGCGACCCACACUCGACCAGAUGAGUGGAUUCAGAUGUUCUCAGGUCAAAUAUUUAUAUGCAAUUAAAAUGUGAUUAAUUACGAUUAAUUAAUUAAUUACAAAGCCUCUGAUUAAUUAGAUUAAUUAAUGUAAUUGAGUCCCAGCCCUAGUAAAUAUUAAAACUGUGUUGUAUUGAUUAAUCGACGGUUUAAAACGAGUCUAGAAAUGCGUCUCUCCUCCUCCUCAGAUGUCAGGUUGUUACAGCAUCAGCAGCGGUUACAGGACAUGUCAGUGGUAGUUAUAAUGACAGUCUCACUGAAGAGUCAGUGUGUCACCUAAAUAUCACCCAUGCCAAGAACUUUUGGUGAGUCAUACCGCCACCGAAGCCCCGCCCUCUCCUAACGCUCAGAAGAAAGCGUUUAAAGGGACCAAUUAAAGCGUGAAUGUGGGUCAGGCGGGUUUUCAUCCAACGCCACAAUGUCAUAGGUGUUUACAUUUACCAGACAAACACAGAGCCGCCUGCCACCCCCUCCUGGAUUACUCCUGAUACACUGACCGACCGCAGGGAUGAUAUCACCCCGGAUUACCGCCGUGGCGUGGAGAGAAAUCAGACCAAACGGCGAGCGGCCAUUAGCCAAAUUAAAGCAAACACGGCCUCUGAGGCCAAUUCACAGCUUACAGUCACAACAGACAGAGGCUGGCGGACUAGAGGAGCGUUAGACUGGAUGAUGAGCAGAUCACCACAAGAACUGGCAGCCGACUUGAUUAACCUGUGACCCGCUAAUUCAGCUGGCUGCCAGAGCGGGAACAGGACCUAUUUCUAUCUAAUCCUGGUUUUGGAGACCAGCGGAGCGAGGCUGAGGGACGUCUUCAGGGUUUUCAUGAAGAAGAGGAACGAUCAGGGGUCAACUGGAGUCAUCAUGUUCAGCUUUUUCAGCGUGUUUGAAACUCUAUCUUUGCAUAACUCCAUUACACAAUCGAUCACAGAGACCCAUCCUUCCUUUAUCACCUGAUUUCUUCUUCUUCUUCUGCUAACUCUGGAAAUAAAAUACCAGACCUAACUCUGAGUUUGACCUUUUCUACCUGCUCCGUAUCGAAGUAUUCUGUCGCGGCUGGGAAAGUCCUGAACUUCUGUCCCUGCAGCUGUCAGACGAACUUCAUUUCCUGUCUGCUUCAUGAAACAUUUUCCAUCCAGGUUGUUAUUUUCCUUUUACUCAUAGACUUCCUAAUAUCCUGUUAGUCUGACUGCAGGUCACUUUAACAGUUUCAGUUAAUAAUGCGAUGGUUUCCCACCCUGGUCAGAGAGAUUUGAGCACAAAGUCAAAUAAAAAAACAGACGAUUUUGUGAUUGUGACGAUAAUCUGUAGAUGAUGUUAAACCUCAACGUUUUCAGGGAUCAUUUCAGCCUUUUUUGUUGUUGUUGUUGCUGCUGCUCUUCCUCUACUUCUUCUAAAGCUUUGAGGAGGAGGUUCAUCUCCUGGAGUCCUGCAGGCUGUUGUCUCUUUCACUUAUCCCCGUCUGGAUUAAACUCCAGCAUCAGCACCGUUAUCUAGUGAGAGCACAAAUCUUCUCAGAGUCCCAUCAGCAAAUUCAGAAGAUGUUCUUUAAUCGAAUGUGAAGGUAAUGAGAUUUAGUCUGAGCCGUGUGGUCUGGGGAUGGGGGUGAGGACUGAAGACCACCCAGAGCUGGACGAGUCGUGAGGGUUUGAGGUUAGAAACGUGGAGACACGCUCUCUGAUUGUUCCCACCUAGAUGUACAUGGACGUGUUAUAAAAGAGGGUCAUCUCACAUGAUCCUUGUUAGAGCGGGUCAGACGGUUCGUGUCCAGAGUCAGUUUGUGUUAUUUCAUCAGAGACAUUUCUGUCCAACUAGAGACAAAGAGAGAGAGACAGCUGUGUUUAGAUUCGACUUCCUGAUUGGUUCUCUGGCUGCUGUCAUCAAUGAAAGUGACUUUUUAAAAACUUCACCCUGAGUCCUGAUUUUCAGUGUCAGCAGACAUUUAGUCGACUGUAGCAUCAUCCUGAAACCACCAUCCUUCCUGAAUCAGUGAGAGGACACAGAUCUGGACCUCUGUCAGCUAUUCUUAAAGGGAUAUUCUGGCGUAAAUUUAAUUUAGGGUCAAACACACCGUAACACCGAGUUAGACCCCCCCUCCAGAGAUGAAUGUUGUCGACCGCUUGCUUCUCUAGUUAUACCAACUUUAGUAACGACCGCAGGAUAGAAAUACAGAGAGCCACGCCCUCAACCAAAACGCCACUCUAUAGCCACAAAUAAUGCUCAGAACAGCACCUAACUUCAUCAACAGGACAUAUAGGGUCACAGACAUAGUACUAGACACCAAACAUCUUUUUAACUUUAGCAAAGAGACUAAACACAACUCACCUACUCUCUUCCAGCAGACGCUUGUUUGUGGGGGAAUCCUGACAAGUCGAUCACUGAGUGCACCAAGUAUGUAAUCAUCAUAUUAAUCAUUUUACAGACGCGGUAGUUCUUCUGCUUUAGCAUCUCGGUCUGAUUGUAUUUCCAUGAAAGAAUGAUCAUAAAUGUUCUUCCUUGAGCUGUGACACCCCGCUGUAGUCCGUAAUGGACUGGCCUGAAGUCAAAGUUAAUAAUAAUAAUAAUAAUAUCUUACAUUUAUAUAGCCCCUUUCAGGAUAACUUAACAAAACACUACAAAAAAAAAAAAAAAAAAAAGUUAAAAAGAUGUUUGGUGUCUAGUACUAUGUCUGUGACCCUAUAUGUCCUGUUGAUGAAGUUAGGUGCUGUUCUGAGCAUUAUUUGUGGCUAUAGAGUGGCGUUUUGGUUGAGGUUUGUUUAUGGCGCCUCAGACCGCUGUGCUUUGCUAUCCUGCGGUCGUUACUAAAGUUACUAAUUUUAUGCCAGAAUAUCCCUUUAAGAUCCAGGACCAGCUGACACUGUGGACUUCUGCACCUCCUCACACAUCGGCCCACGUUUCCCCUCAGAUCCAGUCUGUCCCACUUAGACACCGCUCACCACGACUCGACCCACAGAGGUCUCCUCUAACUGCCAUGACCACAAUCUGUCACGCUGAGGCACG